GAGCAGAGCUGAGGAGCCCUGGGGAAUCUCAAAGUUUGUGUCUGGAGCAGUAGUGGAAAGUGAGCUUAUUGAGAAGGGCUUUUCUUGGGAUGAGUACUGAUCUCCUGCCUUUAUUUUGGAUACACACCCUGCUCUAUUCUCCUCAGCCUUCGGUCUGAUCUCUAGACAGUCUGUCUCCUCUGGGGAUUCUCAGGUCUCCGAGGACGCUGAACCGGAGCCCUUGGCAAUUCUCUCUCAGGCAGAGGAGCGAACGUUUUCCUUUCCAAGUGCAUAAGCUACACGCAUACGCACACACACGCACACACAUUCACGCAGAGGCGGAUCUCGCCCUCCGAGGCCGCCCUACCCGCUCCCCUCCUGCCCUCAGCAUCCUCGGCCCAGCGCGCCUCGGACCACCAUGGAGGUGCUGGAGAGCGGGGAGCAGAGCGUCCUGCAGUGGGACCGCAAGCUGAGCGAGCUGUCAGAGCCCGGAGAAACCGAGGCUCUCAUGUAUCACACGCACUUCUCGGAGCUGCUGGAUGAGUUUUCCCAGAACGUCUUGGGCCAGCUCCUGAACGACCCUUUCCUCUCAGAGAAGAGUGUGUCGAUGGAGGUAGAGCCGUCCCCAACGUCCCCGGCACCUCUCAUUCAGGCUGAGCACAGCUACUCCCUGUGUGAGGAGCCUCGGGCCCAGUCACCGUUCGCCCACGUCACCGCCAGUGACAGCUUCAAUGAUGAUGAAGUGGAGAGUGAGAAAUGGUACCUGUCUACAGACUUUCCAUCAACAACCAUCAAGACAGAGCCAAUCACGGACGAGCCGCCCUCAGGACUAGUUCCGUCUGUCACUCUGACCAUCACUGCCAUCUCUACCCCUUUUGAAAAGGAGGAACCCCCUCUGGAAAUGAACGCUGGGGUUGAUUCCUCGUGCCAGACAGUUAUUCCUAAGAUUAAGCUGGAGCCUCAUGAAGUGGAUCAGUUCCUAAACUUCUCUCCUAAGGAAGCCUCCGUGGACCACCUGCACUUACCGCCCACCCCUCCCAGCAGCCACAGCAGCGACUCAGAGGGCAGCCUGAGCCCCAGCCCGCGCCUGCACCCCUUUGGCCUGCCGCAGACCCACAGCCCCGCCAGGGCCCCAGCGCGGGCCCCCUCGGCACUUGCCAGCUCCCCACUCCUCACCGCACCGCACAAGCUGCAGGGAUCAGGCCCCCUGGUCCUGACGGAGGAAGAGAAGAGAACCCUGAUCGCCGAGGGCUAUCCCAUCCCCACAAAGUUGCCCCUGACAAAAUCAGAGGAGAAGGCCCUGAAGAAAAUCCGGAGGAAAAUCAAGAACAAGAUUUCUGCCCAGGAAAGUAGGAGGAAGAAGAAGGAAUACAUGGACAGUUUGGAGAAAAAGGUGGAGUCUUGUUCAACGGAGAACUCCGAGCUCCGGAAGAAGGUGGAGGUUCUGGAGAACACCAACAGAACUCUCCUGCAGCAGCUGCAGAAGCUUCAGACUUUGGUGAUGGGCAAGGUUUCUCGCACCUGCAAGCUGGCUGGCACGCAGACUGGCACCUGCCUCAUGGUUGUUGUGUUAUGCUUUGCCGUUGCAUUCGGCACCUUCUUUCAGGGCUAUGGGCCCUAUCCUUCUGCCACCAAGAUGGCCCUGCCCAGCCAGCAUUCCAUGCAGGAGCCCUACACAGCCUCCAUUGUGAGAUCCAGGAACCUGCUGAUCUAUGAGGAACAUUCUCCCCUGGAGGAGCCGUCCAGCUCCGCCUCGGCUGGGGAGCUUGGGCGCUGGGACAGAGGUUCCUCCCUGCUCAGGGCAUCAGGGCUGGAGUCCAGGCCUGACGUGGAUCUUCCCCGUUUCAUUAUAUCAAAUGAGACCAGCCUGGAGAAAUCAGUGCUGUUGGAGCUGCAGCAGCACUUGGUCAGCACCAAACUGGAGGGGAAUGAAACACUAAAAGUUGUAGAACUCGACAGAAGAGUGAACGCCACCUUUUAAAGAGACCGUCGCCACCUCCCUCUAUCUCCUCACUCUACCUUUAUGUCUCCAAACCUCCUUUGUCAUAAGCUUUUCCUUUUUGCCACCUGAUCUUGACCAAAGACCUGGACGUGCAGUCAUGGCUCUGGAUACGAGGACAGCCUGGGAUUUCCACCCACGGUGAGAGAACGCCUCCCCCGGUCCCACGUCCCUCCCUGCAGAAGGGAGCCCGCUUCUCUCCCUCCCUGUUGCUUACUGCCAUAGGAAAUUAUCUUAGGGUCAGGGGUGGGGCGAGCAGGCUUGUUUCUACCGACAGUGCCAAAAAGAUACUGCCUGCUUCUCACCGGGGUGGGUGUGACCGCCUCUUUGAAGAAGAGCUGACGCUUGUUCAUUCAACUCGAGCCACAAAAAUACCAGGAUGCCUGUUGGAAUCUGGCAAAGCACCGACUGACGUCCUGCCUAUGCUCAGCCUGGGUCUCUCCUGCCGCUCUGCGCUGAGCCCCCGCUGACUCGUCCUCCGGCCCUGGAGCUGGAGCGAGGCGUCCCCUUCGUACUCUCAGGCCGCAAGUGCAAUGCCUGAAGGAAUCAGGCUUUUCUACUCCAGGCAAACCUGCCCCAUCAUGUUGCUUGUAGGAUUUCUCCACCAUCUGUGUCCCCACACGCCCCUAGUUCUGCCUCCUUGGCUUCUCCUCCCCAUUUGUAAAUAGUAUUUAUUAGCUCGCUGAGGCUUCCCUGGGCAACCACACUGAAGACAUCCGGACGCCUCCCUCCAAGCUAGAAAAGUCUUCUGUUGGCCUUUGGAGCGAGGAGGGCACCCUAGGCUCUGGGAUCCCCAAUCCUUCCAGGCCAUGUCUUGCUUUCUUUUCUUCUUUUUUUGCUGGAGCCCUAUAAUUAUAGUUGGGAAAUCUCCCUAAGCAUGUGUCCUCCUGUAGAAUGAACUCACAGGGAAAGAUGGAGCAGUGCCUCGCUCAGGUCUGGGGCUCUGUGGAUAGAUGCUUUUUCUGUCCCAUACCCAUAACAGGGAAGGGAAGCCCUGUCCCUGACAGCAGGCAUUUCAGACAACCCUGCUAGCUUGUCUUUCUCCACCUCCCCUGACACUUCUGCUUUCCCCCUUCUCUUCUGCCUCAACACAGGAGGUGAGCCUGAGGCCUGUUCCUGGGGUCAGAGUAGGUGACAUUUGUGUAUCCACAGUCUUACCCUUUAUAGUCAGGUUUGGCUACUUUGCAGCUCACCCAAAGAGACACGACCUAAUCCCCCAACCUACUCUUAUUUUUUUUAAUGAUUAAAAGUAACUUUUGUAG